UGGUUGAGUCUAAGGAGGAAGAAAAGGUUCUGGCUGCGGCACCGGCUGAGCCGGCGGCCCCCGCAGAGGUCGUGGUAGUCACACAAGUGGUUGAGCAUAUGGCCACUGUUGACGAGGACGGAGCCAAGACAGUCGAGGCAAUCGAGGAGACUGUAGUUGCUGUCUCGGCGCCUCCGGCUCCAGCCGAACCGGAAGCUGCUUCGGCUGAGGAGCCUAAAGAGGCAGAAACCCCAGCGCCUCCUCCUCCACCACCGGAGGAGGUAUUCAUAUGGGGAAUCCCGAUUCUCGGAGAUGAGAGGAGCGAUGUGAUCCUUUUGAAAUUCUUGAGAGCCAGAGAUUUCAAGGUGAAGGAUGCAUUCACCAUGAUCAAGAACACCGUGCUCUGGAGGAAAGAGAAAGGGAUCGAUGCUCUGCUCGACGAAGACCUUGGACAUGAAUUAGACAAGGUGGUGUUCAUGCACGGAUUCGACAAGGAAGGCCACCCUGUCUGCUACAACGUCUACGGCGAGUUCCAAAACAAGGAACUCUACCAAAACACCUUCGCCGACGAAGAAAAGAGAGCUAAGUUCUUGAACUGGAGAAUUCAGUUCUUAGAAAAAAGCAUCAGAAAACUCGAUUUUAGUCCUAAUGGAAUCUGCACCAUCGUCCAAGUCAACGAUCUUAAGAAUUCUCCAGGACUUGCAAAGAGGGAGCUCAGGCUAGCUACCAAACAGGCGCUGCAAGUGCUCCAAGACAACUAUCCUGAAUUUGUUGCCAAACAGGUAUUUAUCAAUGUCCCAUGGUGGUACUUGGCCUUCAAUCGGAUGAUCAGUCCUUUCCUGACACAGAGGACCAAGAGCAAGUUUGUUUUUGCAGGGCCAUCUAGAUCUGCUGAGGCCCUUUUCAAAUACAUAGCUCCUGAACAAGUGCCCGUUCAGUAUGGCGGACUAAGCAGGGAGGGUGAGCAAGAAUUCACCACUUCAGACCCUGUUGCAGAGGUUACAAUUAAACCUGCAACCAAACACUCUGUUGAGAUCCCAGUUUCUGAGGCUGGUAUUGUGAACUGGGAGGUGAGAGUUGUGGGGUGGGACGUCAACUACGGAGCGGAGUUUGCGCCGGAUGCUGAAGGCAGUUACACAGUGAUUGUUUCGAAGACGAGGAAGGUGGUGCCAAGCGAUGAGCCAAUCAUCUGCGACACCUUCAAGGUUGGCGAACCAGGAAAGAUUGUGUUCACCAUUGAUAACCAGACCUCGAAGAGAGAAGCUGCUUUACAGGUCCAGAUCAAGCCUUGUUCUGAUUGAAGGCACAUUUCAAUUAUACUGGUUUU